UGAUGAAUUUGGGAUGAAGCUCCGAAUUCAUGCAAUUGGAAAUCAUUGAGCCUCCGAAUUGAUUUUAUAAAACAAGUUUCUCUUUACCGGGGAGAUAUUUUUUUUUCUUUCUUCUUUCAUAUCACAUAAAACUAAAAUACGAGAUGAAUAGCGAGGAUAAAAGUAAUUUGCCCAAACACAUGCCUAUUGACAUGGCAUACGCACCCGAACAAAAUCCCUAUGGACGUACACGCGUGAUCCACACACCUCCCAACGGAGAUGAAGAACAACAUAAAUUAGCUCAACAUAGUCUUUCACCUGAAAAGCUCGGUCUCGUGGGUUAUGUCAAGGAUGUUGCUGGUUUUGUCAAGGAUGCGGUUCAAGAACGUCGUCGUAGUAACUCGGUUUCUUCCAUUGAAGAUAAACAAGAGUCUCCUAAAUCAGCCGAGGAAAAGCCUCGACGUCGCUCAUUACAGCCUCCUCAACCUCCUCAACAACAACACAGUGCCUUCUCUGAUGCAGUGACCGGGUUAUUCCCUGGUGUCCAUACGAUCGGUGAUGUGAAUGCUUCUGGUUGUACUCACGCAGACGAACUUCGUAACCAAAUGAUGCAUGUCAAUGAUAAUAAACUCUUAUAAACUCUUAUAAACUUUUUAUUAUUUCUUCUUUUUAUCUUGGGCUAUUUCUUUUGAUGCUUCACUAAUAAGCUCAUGCUUUUUUUUUUUGCUAUUUUAAAAGUCAGUUCAAACAGUCAUCGAACGAAACUCUAUUUUACCUUGGCAUCUUCCAUAGAAAUACCAGCACGUUUAGCGUGACUACAUUAAAUAAGAAACUAGUGAAUAUCCUCAUUCGUCACACGGUAUAUAACUGUUACCUUGCAAACGCUUCCAAGUCCGAAGCCAUGAUACCUAGAGAGCAAUUGAUAAAUUUUCCAAUAACAAGAAAGUGUUUCUCACAGUCUUACCCAUUUGUGAAAGGAGAAUUUCAGCCAAAGAUGCGGUGAAAGCAGGUGAC